AUGUAUUCAAAGGAAGAGGGCUCCCCUUCAAACGGAAAUUCAAACGAUAUUAAAUUAGAUCAGCAUGAUAUCGGUGGAGAUUCUUCUACCCUUCGACAACGUCGUCCAAAUCCAACUCCAACGGCCAAGCCGAGUUUAGCCCGUAGAAAUUAUAAAAAUUUCACACUAAUGAAAAGAAUAGUUUUAGCGAUUUUUGUGUUUGGAUUGAUUUAUAAUAAAUUCGGACGAAAUGGUAAUGAAAUUCCAUUCGAACAUGAUGAUGAAGGUUCUUCUGAACUAAACUAUGAAGAAUCGGAAUUAGCGUCUUUCCGAAUGAAUAAAUUUCGGAUUGCAAUUCGUGACCUUGGCAUCACUAUGGCAAAAAGUGAUAUUAUUGUUCAAAAUGGAGAAUCGAUUUCAAGAGUGCUCUUCAAUCUAGAUGAAGAUGUCCGUGAUACCGGUGAUAAAUUUGAUGAUUUCAUUCAUAUUUCAGAUAAAUUCUUUUGGACUACCACAAGUGAAAUGGAUGCGAUUUUACGAACGGUCAAACGAGAAAUGAUUGGUCCGUUUGAAUUUAUGUCAGACGAUGCAGGCAACUUCAUUCGUAGACGUCUUGAGGUAUUAGACGGACAAAUACCUCCAUUUCAGAAUAUUCUUGCCGCUGUUAUUGCCUCAAUUCAAAAAAUUGAAGACAGCGUAAGCAAUACGCAAGGGUACCUUAAAGAUGGUGAACGUGAGGCCCAACAAAUAUUAGAAAAACACUGGAAGGGAAGUAUAGCCGAUUAUUCAGAGCGAAAGCGAGCCGAGACUGAGCUUGUGCAAGUACGAUUUACUUUACAGAUGCUUAAAGACAUAGCACCAAACAUCAUCAACUUUGAAUCCUUUUUAAAGGAUUAUCGUCGUAAAAUCCAAGAAAUUGCAAAGGAAAUCAAGGUCGUUCCAAAAAAAAUAACUGCGGAGGAUACAAAAUACCUGAAAAAAGCAGUCUCAGAUCUUGAAAAACAAUAUGCCAAAUUCUCUUCUGCUAUGAAAAAUUUGGAUAGGAAACCAUUGGAAUCUUAUUAUAUUGAAGAUGAAUUGAAUAAUAAAAACCGUGAUUGUACGGAGUUUCAAGCAUUGCUUCAAAUUCCUAAUGCGUAUCUAAAAACCAUAAAGGUUUGGUAUUCAGAAGUGGUUAACGCCAUAGCAUUUGUAUAUACAGACGGUACAUCCAAGAUAUACGGUUUACCAAAUGAUAUGGAUCCAUAUAUAUUUGAAUGGUAUAAGGAUGAAAAAAUAAAACAAAUUAAUAAACGAGUUGGGUCAGUAUUAUAUGCAAUUCAAUUUGAAACUGAUCGAGGUCGAAUUUCUAAUUGGGUCGGCGGUGACAAAGGGAAUACAUACGCUGUGCUUUCGGGGGGACCAGCGACUGGGAUCCAUGGUAGUUUUUCUCGUCAAAUAUGUAGUAUUGGCAUUGUUGUAAAUUGA